GGGGGGUGAGACCGAGGCGGCGACCCGAUUGGGGUUGGGUUGCAGAGAGCUGGAAGACAAAGGAAUGGUUGUUUCUUAGCGGUCGGGAUUGCAGGAAGGGUUUUCCGCGGAGGCCAUUGCGCGUGUCCAUGGGGAAGGGCUCGACGCCGACGGGGUGACGACAGCGCGGCUGUCUCGAGGGCGCCUCGGCCGGGAGAAGCGCGCCGGGCGCCCCGGGGAGACGUUCCCGAAAACGUCGUCCUGACGUAGAGGGAACCCGGCGCAGUGUCCAGGGUAGUAAAGUGCCCCUGUAUUUUACUUCUGCCCGAUUUCUUACCAACUUCUUACACUAGUGGGGAUGAAGUUAGACUGAAGGAUAAAUUUCCAGGUGUGAUGUGUCUAGAACUUCUAAAAUUAUACUUAAUGGCUUUUAAUAACUGCUGUUGCAGUUUGAAGGAAUUGUUUACAAAGCUAUAAGUGUGGAGAGCAACUGAAGUUCGUUUCAAGGCAUUCGAAAUGGGGAAAGACUAUUACGGCAUUUUGGGAAUUGAGAAAGGAGCCUCCGAUGAAGAUAUUAAAAAGGCUUACCGAAAACAAGCCCUCAGAUUUCAUCCGGACAAGAACAAAUCUCCUCAGGCAGAGGAAAAAUUUAAAGAGGUCGCAGAAGCUUAUGAAGUAUUGAGUGAUCCCAAAAAGAGAGAAAUAUAUGAUCAGUUUGGGGAAGAAGGGUUGAAAGGAGGAGCAGGAGGUACCGAUGGACAAGGAGGUACCUUCCGGUACACUUUUCAUGGUGAUCCUCACGCUACAUUUGCAGCAUUUUUUGGAGGUUCCAACCCCUUUGAAAUUUUCUUUGGAAGACGGAUGGGUGGUGGCAGAGAUUCUGAAGAGAUGGAAAUAGAUGGAGAUCCCUUCAGUGCCUUUGGAUUCAGCAUGAAUGGGUAUCCGAGAGACCGGAAUUCUGUGGGGCCAUCCCGUCUUAAACAAGACCCCCCCGUUAUUCACGAACUUCGAGUCUCACUGGAGGAAAUAUACAGCGGUUGCACCAAACGAAUGAAAAUUUCUCGAAAAAGAUUAAACCCUGAUGGAAGGAGUUACAGAUCUGAGGACAAAAUUCUCACCAUUGAGAUCAAAAAAGGGUGGAAAGAAGGCACCAAAAUUACUUUUCCAAGGGAAGGAGAUGAAACACCAAAUAGUAUUCCAGCAGACAUUGUUUUCAUUAUUAAAGACAAAGAUCACCCAAAGUUCAAAAGAGAUGGAUCAAAUAUAAUUUAUACUGCUAAAAUUAGUUUACGGGAGGCAUUGUGUGGCUGCUCAAUUAAUGUGCCAACAAUGGAUGGAAGAAAUAUACCUAUGUCGAUAAAUGAUAUUGUGAAACCUGGAAUGAGGAGAAGAAUCAUUGGAUAUGGGCUGCCAUUUCCAAAAAAUCCUGACCAGCGUGGUGACCUUCUAAUAGAAUUUGAUGUGUGCUUCCCAGAUACUAUAUCUUCAUCAUCCAAAGAAGUUCUUAGGAAACAUCUUCCUGCCUCAUAGAAUAAAGAACUUUGUUACCCAUAUUUUGAUAAGGCACUGAAAAUAUAAAAGGACUGACAGUUUACUGAUGUAGAUGUGAAUUCUGUAUAAAGAUGUGUAAAUUCUUUUGAGGGUUCAUUAAAUUGCAUGAAUAGAGACGGGUCAAAUAAAUAGGCAAAGGGAUUUUUACAGACAGAGAUGAAGAGAAAAACCACUCACUGUAUUUUAUUUCAUUUCUCCCAAAUCAGAAAUUCUUAGUAUUUUGCUUAUGUGUAAAAGUUGGUUUUGUGGUGUCCAUAGAUAAGUUUUGAAUAAAGUAGUAGACAAUCCAAGUACUUUAUUUCUUAUAUCUUCUCAGUAUAAGUUCCCAUUUGUAAUGGAAAUUAACAAUUCUAAACUAAAUUUUACAUGUCAUAUGAACUUCUAGAAGAGAAUAAAAGCCAAAGCCAUUUGGAAAUGCAGUUAUUAGAUUUGAUCACCUCCUGAAGUGCUACUUCAGGGCUAGUACCAAUAAAAGAAUAAACUAAGAACAUGUUUCACCAUUGGACUUACUAAGAAACGUGAUAGCAUACUUUAAAAACAUAGUUGUAAUGUUCUUAAUGCAGACUUUUUCUUUGUAAAAAGUAAGUGAAUGGCUGUUUAUCUCCUGUGGAAAUCCCAAUUGCCUGAAUUACUGAUAUUUUAGAAAUAGACUGUUUUUAAAAUACCAUAUGUAAUUUUAUGCAAGUUGACUAUAUAUCUUGAACUUAAUAAAUUAUAGGCUCAUUUUGUUGUCCACUAGUUUAAACUAAUUUGUUUAAUAAUAAAUGUGUUUUCAGAGAAAAUACUGUUAUUUGAAAUUAAUUUUCCAAUUAUACAUUCUUCUACAACUUGCUCAUAAUAUGCUAUAUGUAACCUUAUAUAAUUUCCCUAAAAAGAAUAAACUACCACUAUGGUGUUAAACCAAAAUAUGGGGAAAAUAAACACUAACUGCUGCUUAUGGAUAAUGUUGCUACUACUUGUUAUGCAUAUAAAUAUUUUACUUUUUCAUA